GACCUAAACACGCAGGGGAUAAACAUUUUGAAAUUUAAAAAUAUAUUUUUUAAGCUCUGCUUAAAUAAUAUUAUAUAAUAGAUACAUAGAACGCAAUUGAUUAAUUGUUUUGAAUUUUAAUUGGAUUAAAUAUAUAAUUAAAGUGCUUGGAAGAUAUUAAAAAUUGAUCAGUUAUUUCUGCAGGAAUCUGUCACAUAACCAACAUUUUUCUUAAACGGACAGUUAAACUAAUAUUUAAUUUAUUUCUCAUUGAUUGGGGCACAAAAUGUCCUCUUAUGAAGAAUGGACUUCUAUGUUCUCACCAGAAAUGGAAAAUAUUGGCAUGGGCAAGUCAAAGCACUUAAAAAAGUUGGAUUUACUAUUGCAUGUCUUUGACAAAGAAAUUUCAAAUAUAAAAUAUUACCUACACACUGAGUACAAAACUGUUGAGUAUAUUGAAUCCCUACAGAAAGAAAAAACAAAUACCCAGAAAAAGAAAUCACCAUUGAGUUGUACAAACUUUGCUAAACCAUCUAAUAUUAGAUUGAAAAAGACUCCAAAACCACCUCCAGCUGUAUCUAAUAUAAUAAAAGCACCACCUAAAGAGAGUCCAGACAUGUUCUUCAAUCAAACUGUUGAAGAAAACAACUUAGAUCAAAAUAUACAUCUAUCAGACAGUGAUACAAUCAUGUCAAGUCCAGAGAAAUUCAGCCCAAAGAUCAAGAAAAAACGCAUUUUACGUUUAAACAAAACAAAGGAGUUGGCGGAAAAUCAUCAACCAGUAACUAUUAGAACACCACCAAUAGAACUUGAAAUAGAUGAUGUGAUUGAAUCAACACCUGAGGUGAAGAGCUUUAAAAAAUCUCUAAGAACAUCAACAAAAAAGAAACUCUUUGAGAGGACUGCACCUAAAUCAUCUCAAAGUAUGUGCACCUUAUCACAACUUUACAGGAAGAACACUCAAAGAAACAAAAGUGCAACUGCAUCAAUGAAAUGCAAAAACAUUCCACAGGUAUUAACUGAACUAAAUACUGACAAUAAUGCAACCUUGAUUAACAUGGAACAUUCACAAAACAGUUAUAUUAAAAUAGAUGAAUUGUUUGAUAAAGUCUCAAACCUUAAUAAUACUGAUGAGGACACGGAAAUAAUUAAAAGAUUUCAAGAGCCUGCAGAAAAACGAAACUGCAGGUUCUGUGAUAUGAAAGGCAGUCCGUGCAGAAAACAUAUGAUUCAAGUUGAACUAAAGGAGCCAAAUGACACAUUUUCUGGAUUUUGGGAUUUGAACUUCACCGCAAAUAAACCGAAAACGAAUUCUGAUGACAUUCCGAAAGAUAAAGAUGAUGAUAAUAAUUCGACAGUACUCAACUUCUUCGGAGGAAACAUGUGAUAUUUGCAGCACUUUAAUAAAUAUUACUAUGUUAUCUAUCGGAUACACAUUUAAUUAUAACGCUCACAAAUUUAAUCACAGAUAAUCUUAUGUAUAUUAAUGUAUGUGUUCAUUUGCAAUACGAUUGUUAUCAAUUAACUCAUAAAUGAGAAAUGAAAUAUGUA